AUGGAAAUCUCGCUACACUCCUAUGUUGGCCAACACCCAAACGUAAUCGAGUGGUUCGCCUCUGGGGACGAUGCUACUUGGCAGUGGAUAGCCAUGGAGUUCGCCGAGGGCGGCGACCUCUUUGACAAAAUUGAGGCAGACGUUGGCGUGCCUGAGGACAUUGCCCAAGUCUAUUUUUUACAACUGGUCAGUGGUGUAAGUUUUGUUCACUCCAAGGGCGUAGCACACCGGGAUCUGAAGCCCGAGAACAUCCUUAUGUCCGAAGGAGGCAGCCUCAAGAUUGCCGACUUUGGUCUGGCUUGCAUGUUUGCCCACAAGGGCCAGCGCAAAAUGAGCUCCACUCUUUGCGGGAGCCCUCCAUACAUCGCCCCCGAAAUCCUCCUGUGCAGGCGCGACGACAGAAAGGCCACCACCUCCAUCUCCAAGUACGACCCCGAAUUGGCCGACAUCUGGUCGUGCGGCGUGAUCCUCUUCGUUCUCCUCGUAGGUAAUACCCCAUGGGAUGAGCCUUCGGGAAACAGCUGGGAGUUUCAAGAGUACAAGCGAACGGCCGGCCGCAGCUCCGAUCCGCUCUGGGAGCGCAUCCCCGCCGACGCCCUGUCCCUCCUGCGCGGCAUGCUCGCCGUCGACCCUCAGAAUCGCUUCACCUUUCAGAGGAUACGUCAGCACCCCUGGUACACCCGACACAACCCCCACCUCACCUCGGACGGCCGUGUCAGCGACCCGCUCCAGCUCGCUACCCAGAUGCUCGAGAACCUCCGCAUCGACUUCAGCCAACAGCCUUCCGCCACUCAGUCGAGAUCCCAGCCUCACGAUGGAAUGGAUCUUGAUUCGCCCGUUCAGCAAAUGUCUUCCACGCAGCCAGAGGCCCCGAUAAACGAUACCGCCUGGGACUGGGAGCGUCCCGCUCUCCGCACCAUGGGUGCCUCCGCCGUCUCCUCCACGCAGCCCGUCUCUCGGAAUGAUCACGCGCUACAACCCACCUCUGCGCACGCCGCCCGGGCUCUCCUCCUCGGUACCCUCGCCAUGGAGCCCUCCAUGUCUCAGUUCUCUCAGCAACCCGGUGUCUCCAUGACGCUGACCCAGCAGGCUCGCCGCUUCAGGGAUAUCGUCCCCGCCGAAGCCCUCACCCGCUUCUUUUCCCACGUGCCCCCUGCCCUCCUCGUUCAGAUGAUCUCCGAUGCCCUACACCAACUUAACAUCCCCUUACCACCAGUGCGCAUGAAUCCCGAGGCCUCCUCGUCAUCCGCCUUUGGCGGCGCCGACGUUAAUAUCGCCACCAUUCGUGUCAAGGCCCUAGAUACCCGGAGGCAAAAUCUACACGGCGAAGUCCAUAUUGAUAGGCAGAGGUUCUCAGACGAACUAGAGCUGCUAGAUGUGAGGUUUAUCAAAGUCAAGGGAGAUCCAUUGGAGUGGAGGCGUUUCUUCAAGAAUGUGGUUUUAUUGUGCAAGGAUGGCGUCUACGUGCCCGAGGAAUAG